AUAUUGAUCGAGCCUAGGCGAGUCAUAAAUUUUAUAGACUCAAUUAUUGCAUGUAAAUGGACCUCAUCUCAUUCCGUCAAAACGUUUAUUUCAUUUAUGUAUUUGUUAUAUCUUGGGUGAGUGCGUGUCAUGUGAAGUAUAUAUUGAAGAAGCCUACAUAAAGAUUACAUCUCCCCUCCCAUUGGCCUUAAUUCUCCACUACUCUUUAUCCAUCAAUGGAGCUCCUCCAAUAUUGUAACGCCUCGUGCUUGCUAUUUAUCUCAUCCCUCACUUCUUUUUUGCUCAUCUUUUUCACACUAGCUAUAGUGAUGAGAAAGAGGGUUUGGUGCAGCUGCGAAAUCUGCGAAACAUACAGUGAAUCGCGGUGGAGGAUCCAGUUCCAGAAUCUGUGCGAUUGGUACACGCAUCUCCUCAAGAACUCCCCUAAUCGGACGGUCCACAUCCACGUUCUCAACAACACCAUCACCGCUAAUCCCGACAACGUGGAGUACAUGCUCAAAACAAGGUUCGACAAUUUCCCCAAAGGGAAGCCCUUCUCCGCCAUCCUCGGCGACUUCCUCGGCCGCGGCAUCUUCAACGUCGAUGGAACCUUCUGGACCUUCCAGCGGAAGAUGGCCACCCUCGAGCUCGCCCGUGUCUCCACGCGCGCCUACUCCUUUCACGUCGUGAACCUCGAAAUCCAGCAGCGCCUCAUGCCUCUCAUGGCUUCUACCCAGAUCCUCGAUUUGCAGGACCUCUUUAGGAAGUUUUCUUUUGACUGCAUAUCGAGGUUUUGCUUCGGGUUGGACCCCACGCGCUUGGAGCUGUCGCUGCCGCUAUCCGACUUCGUCGCCUCCUUCGACCUAGCGUCGAAGCUCUCCGCGGAGAGGGCGCUGGCGACCUCUCCGGUGGUGUGGAAGGUGAAGAGGUUUUUGAACAUCGGCAGCGAGAGGAGGCUGCGGCGGGCGAUCGGGACGAUCCACGUGAUCGCGCGCGAUUUCAUCAGGGAGCGGCGGAAGCUGGGGUUCUCGGAGCGGCAGGAUCUGCUCUCGAGGUUCAUGAGCAGCGUCGGCGAUGACAAGUUCCUGAUCGACAUCGUCAUCAGCUUCCUGCUGGCUGGCCGCGACACGGUGGCCUCCGCCCUCACCAGCUUCUUCUGGCUGGUGGCGUGCCACCCGGACGUGGAGGCGGCGAUUCUGGCGGAGGCGGAGGAGGUGAUCCCGGCGGAGCUGAGGAGCUGCGAUCAGCUGCGGGAGCUCCAUUACCUGCAUGCAGCGGUGUAUGAGAGCAUGAGACUGUAUCCGCCGAUCCAAUUCGAUUCGAAAUUUUGUUUGGAAGACGAUGUGUUGCCGGAUGGGAGCUUUGUGAAGGGGGGAACUAGGGUUACUUUCCACCCCUACGCCAUGGGGAGAAUGGAGGAGAUUUGGGGAUCGGAUUGCUUGGAAUUCAAGCCGCAGAGGUGGAUGAGGGAUGGGCUUUUCGUCCAUGAAAAUCCUUUCAAAUGCCCUAUUUUUCAAGCUGGGAUUAGGGUCUGUUUGGGGAAGGAAUUGGCGCUUAUGGAGCUCAAGACUGUCGCCCUUUCGGUUUUGAGACGAUUCCGGGUCGAGUUAGACCAACCGGACCAGCCUCCCUGCUUCUCACCGGGGCUCACCGCCACUUUUAAGGACGGCCUACGGGCUCGGAUUCGAGCUCGACUAAUUUGAUAUACUUACUCACUUAUAUAAAUAUGAUUCAAAUUAAUGAUUAUUUGUAUAUAUUUAUAUAUACUUAAUAUUUCUGCCUAAGAUAUAUAUAUGGUACAUAUAUAUAAUUAAGCUUGAGUUGCGAGUUCCUAAAUGGCAUAAGCUCGUUGGGUUUUGUAUAUAUAUAUAUUCUGUACCGGUUCACUAAUAUAUAUAUGGUUGUGAUCAAUAUAUACAUAUGCAGUGAUUUAAA